AGCUUCGAGCUCGAGAUACAGGACAGUUGAAGAGUCUGUAGCACCAGCCAGAAGUGUUGCACGCGAGCACUCCAGUCUUAACCUGUGGUAGUGAACUUGAUAGGCACGACGGCGGCCUUCGCAGAUUAUUCGUGUGAGUGGGGUGACAAUUUCGGCGCACUGGAGGACAGCAGAUACGGCUCGGGCGUGUCACCAUGCCCACAGAGCAACAUGGAGUCUCCACAGCUCUACGAUAGUUCUGAUUACAAGAAGAACGCUGCUGCUUCUCUCAAGGUCAAAGCCAACCUGUCGGCGUACUCGAACGAGGAGUACGGCGACCUGGCAGAACUAAACGCACCAGAGAUCUCGCUGGACCUACACAACCUCAUCGACGACUCUCAGUUCAGCGAGGGAUUCAUCCAAGGAAUCGAGAGCCUGAGUGUCGACAAGCCCACAGCCCCAAGGGGCCUCGGUGUCAACAUGUACAAUCCUCUCGCUUACCUGCCACAGCCCGUCCACGGCGCAACCCAGUUCGACAGGCAGUACCAAGAUCGAGGGGGUCAUGAUCACCUGCCCAUUAAAGAGGAACCCCAGGAAUCCCCACACCCAGAGCUGCAGCCACACGAAUACAGUUCCUGUGCCAGAGUAGGAGCGGCGGCGGCGGCGGGUUAUGGAGCGGCAGCGGGAUAUCCGACGGGAGUGCCUGCGUACUCAAACAUGACGCCCACCACGGUGCCCGGCGCGGAUUCCCUGUGCAGAUCUCCCCUCAAGUCCCCGACGGGCGGCAAAAUGAUGCCCGGAUGCAAGAAGAAUGUGGACAAAUCCAGUGAGGAAUACAAGCGAAGGAGGGAGAGGAACAACAUUGCUGUUAGAAAGAGCCGAGAAAAGGCGAAAAUGAGGACGAGGGAGACAGAGGAAAGAGUUAAGAAGCUGGUGAUGGACAACGAUCGUCUUCAUAAGAAGUGUGAGCUGCUUAGUAAGGAGGUCGCUGUCUUCCACUCCAUGUUCGCCAAUGUACACUGUCUGCCGGAUCACGUCCAGCGGGAGCUUCGCAAGCAGAUGGAGGCGUUCAGCCAGCAACACCAGCACCUGGUGAACAUGUGAUCCCGGCCCGGCCCUGCUCCGGCGCCCCUCGCUCGCCGCACUCCUCCCCACCGCGCCUGUCCGCGGAAUCCUCGUCUAUACUCAAGUAUAGACGCGUCGACACCCGGACAGGCAGAAGCAUGGCCAGACGAACGGCAUGUCACGGCCGAGGACAAGCAGUGCAGGCGUGGGCCAGCCCGGAGUGGCAGUAGUCUGGACAUGCUGUAAAUCCCCGUCGCACGAGAAGGGGGAGGGGUGGCCACCAAGUAUUGGUUACCUACUUGAUCGCCCCAAGCAGGCCCCGGGUGGAGGAGGGGAGCGCCGAGGCGUGUACCAGGGCCUGACAUCAGUGAGGCAAGGUGCCGUGGGGCGGGGGCUGCGUCUUGUUCCUUCCGCCCCGUCGUCUCUCCCUCUUGUAUAGUUUAUGUCUUAAGUUAUGAGAACAGAGAGGGGGUGGCGCGGGGGGAGGAGACCGAAAGAGUAUACUGAAGAAGCUCCUUGUGAUAGACGCCCCUCCAGAACCACUACAAAUGACGCCAUGAGACUCGUUAUAGUGACUGAGGUGUGAGACUGACGUGUGCCUGAAUCGCGUAAGUGAAAGAAUACAAAGUAUUUUAACGAAGAGAAAUCAAAGUUUUGUAAUUGUUAUGAUAAAAAUAAUAACUUAAUAAAAAUAUAUAUAUUGA